AUGGAAAGGACUAAAUACAACUUUCUCUCAGAAAAAGUUAGGUUCACUAGUCCAAAUAAACCCGCAACCGUUAUCCAGGUUUAUCCUCAUACCAAGGAUCCAGGACUGAAAUGGAAAAGUAGAACAUCCAGGGCUGGAAGAUUGAUUUCUUCUUCCUCAGACCACAAUAACAUACUCGCGUCAUCAGUCAAGCGCAGCCAGCUCUUACUGUGCUAUCCAACGAUAACAUGUGUCGUUCCAAAUGCCAGUUUAUCUCCAACUAACCAUCCUGGAGGCACUACAGGUGCUAUACGUCUAAGAGUUCGUAUGAAAAUGAUCAACAAAGACCUAUUCGUUUAUCAUUGUAUCGUGAAAGACAUGUUUCCUAAAGAUCACGAGAAUCUUAUUGGAUCUUACUCUAACAUUAUCGGUGGAUCACGGAAGACAUAUUUCCCAAAGAGUACGCGAAUAGUCUAUGAAUCGUUGAAUCGUGAUGGGUAUCAUGUUCAAACAGAAACAGAAACCCCUGAAGUAGACAAGUCCGCUUUGAAAAAAGUUGAACCGGUUGGAGUAUUGGCAAUUCGUCUUCACACAUCUCUCCGAUCUGCGAUUGCUGCAGGCGAGCGGGAGCCGGGCGCGUAUUUUGAACUAUGCCUACGUGCCUCGCGAAUAAUAAAUGUUCGUGCAGUCGUGCAGCAUGUCUCACUCCGCGCUCAGGGUAUCGGUCAAGUUGAUAUGGCCAUGAAAUCGCUGUACUUGUGCUAUUAUUAA